CGUCAUCAUGGCGGAGCCGCGAGGUUCUACAGACCAAGAAACCGCACCGCUUCUGCGAGAUCCAGAGGCAGAGGCAGGCGAAAAUUACGAUGGAGAACGAGAGCCUACAUUCCUGGAACGUGUUUCGUCCGUCGUUCAGGAACCCCUCACCCCUUUGACGAAAGUGCUGCUCGUCGUCGCGCUACUGUUCCUGCUCCUGAGCUCGGUCUUUAUCGGGCUGUUCGCGGGAGCUCAGCACAAGCUGAAGUCUGGUGGAGGCGCUGGAAGUGAAGUUACGAUCACUGCUACUACAACUGCGACUGCGACGGCCACAUCCACCAGCAUAGCGACUACGACUGUCUCGGUGCCUGGACCGACGCCCAGCGCUCCUCCGGAAGAGAAAGCAUGCUUCAGCGCGGACUGCAUCUUGCUCUCGGCAAACAUUCUGUCUUCUUUGGAUACCUCGUACGACCCAUGCGAGAACUUCUUUGACUUUGCCAAUGGCGGCUGGCUGUCCAGUCACCCUAUUCCAGCGGACAAAGGCAGCUGGGGCAUUUUCAAUGUCCUCGCUGAGGACAACAAGCAGGUCGUUCGUAAAAUCCUGGAGUCCGGGGAUUACUCGGCAGAAUUCUACCCCGAAGAGACAUCCGAUAAGGUUUUACUGAGCAAGCUGCGCAGUCUUUACCAGUCUUGCUUGGAUGAGGAUCACUUGAAUGACGUGGGAACUGCGCCUCUCAUUCGCCUGGUCGAGACUAUCCAAAAUUUAUACCGGGGUAAGACGACGGAGGUUGAUGUGGCCGGCAAGGACGAUGCCCAAAAGAAGCGGAACGGCCUGACUUCUGCCGUUGCUUUCCUGCAUUCCCGAGGUAUCGGUGCCUUGUUCGAGUUCGACAUUGACGGAGACGUAGCGGUGGACCCGAACUUCAUGACUUUGUGGUUCAGCCAGCCUAGUCUGGGUCUGCCUUCUAAGGAAUACUACGAGGAUGAGUCUAUCGUUGCCCUAUACAACGACGUUUUGGAACGUCUGCUCGUCACGAUCGCCGAGGAACAGGAAUACUCAGAGGAAGACCUGCUGAAAGCAGAGGCGAGACCCGAAAUUUCUGAGGAUAGUCAACUUGUUUCUAUGGAAGAUGCUUCGCGUACCGGGGCGCAAGAGCCUUCUGAACUACUUUUGAACGAGGUCAAGUAUAAGUGGUGGCCGCCCUGGCCCUGGCCACCCUGGGACGGUGAUGAUGAUGGCGGCGACGGCGAUGACGACGACCAUGGGCCCGAGGACAAGUACGAGAGAGCGGAGAGGUUAGCGAAGGCCGUCGUCAAGUUUGAACGGAGCCUAGCGAAUGCCAGUCUCGAUCUUGACAUCCUUUAUCAAGAUCCCUGGGCGACAUAUAACCCAGUCCCGCUCUCCAAUCUCACCAAGACUUUGCCGCAGAUCAACUUCGAGGAAUACUUUGCAACGUUCGCACCCAGGAACUACCCAGAGAAAGUCAUCGUGACUUACCCGUCUUAUGCUGUGUCAUUGGCACAUAUCCUGAACACCACUGAAUCUGACGUGAUUGAGGCGUACCUAGUCACACGUGCUGCUUUGGCAACAGCCUCGCAUCUUGGGAUGCAGACCGAGGCUUGGCAGGCUGCCCGGAGCCUCGACGAGGAACUUAAGGGCAUCAAGAAAGGUGCGGUAGGCGACCGCUCUGAGUACUGCUCCGACCAAGUGGAGAACGCUCUGGGAUAUGCUACCGGUAGAUAUUUCGUCAAUGAGACCUUCGCCGGAGAGUCCCGGGAAAAGGCUACCAAUGUCAUCCAAGACAUCAUCCAAGCCUUUAAAUCGUCUCUAUCUCACAUUUCGUGGAUGGACGAGGAAUCAGCUAGUGCUGCUGCCGAAAAGGCAGAUGCACUCCGGAUCAAAGUCGGCUUCCCCGUCUACCCCGACACUCGUAGUGCGGCUUCGAUAGUCAACUAUUAUAACCGCGUCAAAAUCAGCGACGAUACGUUUUUCGACAACUUGCUCAGUGCUGAUGCGAAUGAACAAUAUUGGAAAUGGCAGAAACUAGGGAAGCAAAGGAACUUAGACGAGUGGGAGAUGUACGCCUCAAUGGUAAAUGCGUACUACAAUCCCCCUGGCAACGAAAUCGUAUUCCCAGCCGGUAUUUUACAACCUCCCUUCUUCUCGGAGAAGUGGCCUGCGUAUCUUGCAUACGGUGCAUUCGGAAUGGUCGCUGCUCACGAACUCACGCACGCGUUCGACUCUGCUGGUAGGAUGUACAAUCAGGAAGGCAAGCUGGAAGAGUGGUGGACCAAUGUGACGAGUGCCGGUUUCCAAAUCAAGCAGGACUGCAUCGUAAAGCAGUAUUCCUCCUAUACCAUCGAUGAUGGCAAAGGAGGUAAGAUUCACGUCAACGGCAACUUGACGUCGGGAGAGAACAUCGGAGACACCGGCCUGAUCCAAUCGUACCGUGCAUGGUUGGCUCAGUAUGACGAGUCGAAGGAGUACCUGCUGCCCGGUCUGAAUUAUACUCGGGAGCAAUUAUUCUUCAUAGCGUUUGGCCAAGUGUGGGCCCAGAACAUCAAGCCCGCUUCUGCAGUCGCCAGAGUUCGGACAGAUCCUCAUUCACCGAAUCGGUACCGUGUCGAUGGAACUCUAUACAACGUCCCUGAGUUUGCCAAAGCCUUCAACUGCUCAGCAGAUGCCAAGCUCAACCCCCCACGAGAGAAGCAAUGUAUUUUAUGGUCUUGAGGCGUCAGACGUUGACUUGAGCUGCUGAUGUAUUUGCAUUGUACAUGUCCGUAAUGCUAUCCGAUAGCUUGAAGCCCGGAUGUCGGAGAGGC